CAGUUUUAUAGCAUAGAAGAGCCAGACCGAAUUUUUGGGCCCUGAUGUUAUAAGACGGCUUUUAUACACAGUUAUGCACUGUUGAGGAUACGUACGCAUGCACAUUGGGUUGUAUCACUUUAAUCGUCGGAUACGCAUAUAAAUAUACUUAGAUCCAAAGACCUACUUGCUUUUAAUAAAACCUAUCAAAAUGAGGACGCGAAAUAGAUCAGCAGCGAACGACAAAAGUGAACCCGUGGCUGCGCCUGAAAAGGUUGAGGAAACCACCGAGGUUGUGAACGAUGCAGUUGUAGAGGAAGCACCUGUAGAGACCUCUGCCACUGCAGAGGAAAUACCUGCUGCAGCUGAAGCCAGUGAGCAGACUGCGCAAAAUACCACAGAUAAGGGUGACGCAGAAACAGCCCAGGCUGACGCUACCACCGAAACAACUGCAGCUGAGUCAGAGAUAAAAGAGGAAGAAAGCGCAGAAAGCGCGACUCUGAAACGCACACGCGAUGACACGGAAGAGGCGGCAUCUACUGAUGAACCCGAGGGCGGCAAGAAAGUAUUGAAGACCAACACGGAGGAAGCUGUGCCCAUUACCACAGCUGCUACCACCACAACCGCUACCAUCACAACCGCUACCACAGCAACAGACAAGGAUCAGAAUUACCUUGGUGUUACGGCGGUAUUAAACAGAAUAUAUGCCACUGGCAAACUCAAGCCUGGAGAUGUAGAGCAGGGCGCAAUCGAUUCACUCAAAGACUUCCCAGAGGCUACGGCUGUAGAAAUUAUGGAGAAGUACUCCUUAGCAGACUUUGAAUCUGUCAGGAACAAAACCGGCUUUUUAAUUGGCAUCAUCAAAAGAUACCGCAAUAACCUACACACUGCACCUCCACAAUUCGGUGGUUACGGAGGAGGCCCUGCUGGUCCUGGCUAUGGAGCACCAACCAUGCGCAACACACUGGCGCCCAGUACACAGUCCAUGCUCAACCAACUAUACUCGUCGAGGAUUACAAGUGAAGUAGAGUUGGGUGACAAGUGCCUUAUGCAAUUAAAGAGCUACAGUGAGGAUACCGCCAAUCAAAUUCUACAAAAGUUUAAGGAAGCCGACAUGAAAGAUAUCCGCAGUAAAUCGGGUUUCUUACAUGGAAUCAUGCGAAGAUUCCCCAUGGAAGGAGGAUUCCAGGGAGGACCAGCAGUUGCCAAUCCUCUACAGACACAGACUGCCUUCCAACUACUGCCCUGGAGUGUGCAGAUGCGAAUCAGUCCCCUAUAUCAAACCGGCGUGCUUUUACAAAAUGACAUCGAAGCGCGCGUGUACGAAUCUCUUGCACAGUUCCCAGAACCAGUUGCUCUCGAUAUCGCUUCCAAGUUUUGUGAGAGCGAUCUGCCCCGGGUAAACAACAAGUCUGGAUGGUUAAUUGGUAUUAUGAAGCGUUUCCGUCAGACUGCACCCCAGGGCGAUGGUUACCAUAACGGUGGCUAUGGAGGCCAUGGAGGGUCAGGGGGUGGCUACGGAAAUAGCAACCAGUAUGCACAAGGCCCGCCUCAACAGAGUGUUUACCAGAGCUAUGGCCAAGGAGGUAGCAAUGACUAUCAACAAGGUGGCUACGGCGGCAAUAGUAACUACCAAGGUGGACAGGGAUAUAGCCAAGGAAACAAUUAUUAUUAAGACGUAAACUUCCCACUAUACCUGAACAAAAUAGCAUUUAUAGCGGACACAUAAAAUAAAUGCGAUCCAUCAAGAUAUAGGCUUUAACUUGCUGGGGGGUUUAUAAUAAGAGUAUUUCGAUACAUACGUAAACUUGUUGAUGUCUAAUCUCUGUUGUUAUUUGAUGUAUCAGCACAUCGUAUUACAGCAUUUCCUGGCUUACAAUGUAGCUCAGUGAACGUAUAAUGACGCGUAAUGAGUUGCAUCCAUGAGUCCAUGGCACCUAUAACUUAUGUUACUUCGUCACACUGGAUAUUGCAUAACGUCGACAAGGUAACUUGGUGCCUUAAGAUGCGGUGUUAAAUCACUUCCGUGUGGUUUCCUCGUGAAAAGGAAUUGUUACUGCCUUAUUUUCCAAGACUAGCAACAGCAAUUCGCUGACCAUGUAUUCUGAUAUGUGCCAGCAUGAGUUUGGUGGGACCCUGCGUUUCCUCACCGCCUCCACCAUAUGUAAUCAUGGCAAUGUAGCG